CCCGGCCAGAUUUCACCAUCAUCCAGGACAGCUCACGAUCCAGCCAUGACCAUCGGCGGCAACAAGAGCAAGCAGACCAAGAGCAAGCGCGGCGGAAAGGGUCCGUCGACCCCCUCCCGGUUCUCCAGAAAUGACGACGAGUCCUUCUGGGACGAGCCCCGCGAAAACCCUGGUGCUGGUCCGGACAAUUCUGGUGACGAGGAAGAUUCCGAAAACGAGUCUGAGCGACGGCCCGCCGAGAUCAUUCCCUCGAGUGAAAUCAUCAACCCCAACCGUGCUACCCAGAAGAACGUCAAGCUGUCGGACCUUGGUUCGUCCGGCCCCGUGGAGCUGAGCCGACGAGAGCGUGAGGAGAUCGAGCGGGAGCGCAAGAAGGCCGAGUUCUGGAAGGCCCAGGCCGAGGGCAAGACCGACCAAGCCCGUGCCGAUCUGGCCCGCCUGGCCAUCAUCCGCAAACAGCGCGAAGAGGCCGCCAAGAAGAAGGCCGAGGAAGCUGCCAAGGCUCAGGUGAAGGCAUCCAAGGCCGAGUCACUCGCAUCCAGCAAGUCCGUCAUCUCCUCCCGCCUGGGCAAGAAAUAAAGUCGCCCAGCUGCGGCUCUGGCUCUGGCUCUGGCUCU